CUGCACUGACUGGGAAUCUUGUAUUUCGGAAACUCCUAUCCUGGACAAAUUGGGGCCUUUCUGUCCUUUUAAGGACUUUUUCGAUAUCAAUCAAAGUUAACAAGAGUAAAGGGAGGAGCUACACAGGCGGGACAGUGAACCCACAGUGGAGAACGAAACUUCUCACACACUGCAAGGAAGUUGCUACAGCUACAGAGAAGUGAACAGUCUUUGAGUUUUUUUUUUUUUUUUUUUCUAUAAAAAAAUUAAUUUUUAAUACCGUUGGAAAAAAAAUGUCCAGUGGUCAGUUUAACAAGGGACCGGCAUAUGGCCUGACUGCAGAAGUGAAAAGCAGAAUCGCUCAGAAGUACGAUGCACAGAAAGAGGAGGAGCUGCGGGUCUGGAUCGAGGACGUCACGGGCAAGCGGAUCGGAGACGACUUCCAGAAGAGCUUGAAGAGCGGAACCAUUCUGUGCGAACUGAUUAACAUCCUCCAGCCGGGCUCAGUGAACAAGAUCAGAGAGUCUGAAAAGAACUGGCACCAGCUGGAAAAUCUGACCAACUUUAUUAAAGCCAUCACAGCCUAUGGACUGAAGCCCCACGAUAUCUUCGAAGCAAACGACCUAUUUGAAAGUGGAAACAUGACCCAGGUUCAGACCACGCUCCUGGCCCUGGCUAGCAUGGCAAAGACCAAAGGCAUCCAGUCUCGAGUGGACAUCGGAGUGAAAUACGCAGACAAGCAGAAGCGUGCCUUUGAUGAGGAGAAGAUGAAGGCAGGAAACUGUGUCAUUGGGCUGCAGAUGGGUACCAAUAAGUGUGCUAGCCAGGCGGGGAUGAAUGCUUACGGCACAAGGAGACACCUGUACGACCCCAAGUCUCACAUCGAGCCCCCAAUGGACAGCUCCACCAUCGGCCUGCAGAUGGGCACUAACAAGGGGGCCAGCCAGACUGGCAUGACCGCCCCUGGCACCAGACGUGCCAUCUACGACCAGAAACUGGGCACAGAGAAGUGUGACAACAGCACCAUGUCCUUGCAGAUGGGCUACACCCAGGGAGCCAAUCAGAGUGGGCAGAAUUUUGGCCUGGGCAGACAGAUCUAUGAUGCCAAGUACUGCCCCAAGAGUGAGCUGAUAGAGAAUGAAGCAGCUGCGGGCAAUAGCUACAACCAGGAGUACCAGGAUGAGGGCUACCAGGGAUACCAAGAAGAUGGGCAGGACUAGUUACCCUGACAAAGAAGGCCACGAGGGGCGGGGCGGGGCGGGGCGGGGGCUGCAGCACAUCUGGACUCCUUGCCAUGUUUGUUUUUAAUUUGUAGUGCCUGCUUCAAAACGACCAGACAAGAGCGCUGGAUUUAUAUUCCUUGUUUUGAGGGUGAUGCUUUUGACUAUGGAACACAGGGUGUGUGCUAAUGAACAUAGCCUUCUGUAGCUUGGGCUGUAUCGAAACCCGAGAGGAUUCACAGUAUGGAAAGGAGGAGAUGAAUUUGCUAUCCUGCAUAUAGUCAUGUUGCAUAUUAGCUGAUGCUAGUUGUUUUGAAUUUUGUAGUUUCAAUUCAACCCAGGAGGUGUUAAAGUCAGAUAUCGCCCAAAUGCAUACAGAAACCAAUAUCUCAGCAAGGUUCUUGUUGUCUAAGUAUAAAAGUGACAGUUUUCACAUCGGCUUUUCCAUUUACAAGCUAUGCAGCCCCCAUGAUUGGGCUGAAAAGAACUCUACCACUGAGUAGAACUCGAGCCACGGCAGGUUUUCACAGCUGAGCUGAUUUAGACAGACUGUUGACAGUCGCAGCUCUCAUAAAGUUCUGGAGUGGCUCAGCAGCUAAGCAAUGGGAGUCUUCUUUCCGUCUCUGUAAUAUACAAAUGUUUACUGAAAGGUCACCAAUUUAUAGAAGACGUGAAAUCGGAAGGACAAACAAUUUUGCAUACAAAACUCCUUCAGUAACACCAUGUAGAGAAUUGUAUGUAACUUGUAAUUUUUAUCAUUUUUUUGUAUUGUUGUAUACAGUUUUGUAUACAACAAUUUUAAACAGUUUUGUUUUAGUUCCACUAACUAUCUUAUGCCUUUGUAAAGUUUAAUAUGUAUUGCAAUUAACAAAUGUAGGGCUCAUCCAAUAUUGAUGUCAAAGGGAUUUUGAAGGGGGGUUAAUGUGUGUUUGUUGCUUAGUCUGAACAGCAAUCCAUACUAAAGGUUGUGCUUAAUCUCCUGAAAAUUAAAUCGAAUAUAAUUUAAUAAACUUUGCUUUAAAGUACUGAAUUAUCAUGAUGGUGCCUGACUCCGUAUGCAUUGUAGUAAAAUGGAUCGAUUCUUAUCCUGUAAACUGUAGCACUCCAAUUUCUCCCAUUCUUAAUAGGAUCCUGCUAUUGUUUUAGUGGAAUGGUGACAGUAGUUGGGUCCACCACUGUUUGAAUAGUUUUAGUGAAUCCUGUAUUACCUGCACUCUGAUAUAAAUCAUGUGUAAAUCUUAGAAGAAACUACUCAAGAAGACACUAGACGAAAGUUUGUCAACUUGACUUGGUUUCUUUCAGUUUCACCUGCAGUAUGAUUUGAGUGUUUUGAAUUUCUAGAUGACUGUAUUUUUCAACAACAAUCGGUUGUUGAAAUGUGUUUCUGUUAGAUGUUAUUUGCCCAUAAUGCCAUACUGUUACGGGUACAGUAUUUUGAAAGGUGCCAACAUGAAAUGUUUUUAAGGUGUUUUUUUUUAUGCAUCUUUUUAUACAAUUCCAAAGCAACACUCUUUCCAUUCCAAACUCAGAACUGGAAUCUUUGUUUGUUAAAGUUGUCAAUGAUUAAUAUUUGUAAACUUCAAAAAAAAAAAAAAAAAAAAAAAAGGAAGUAUUUGACUGUGAAAAUAAUUUGAUCCUUUUAACUGGUUCUGUGUUUAAAAUUGUUUUUUUAAAAUUGAGAAAAUAAAAAUAAGGUGCCAUGUGUACUAUUUGUACCUGC